GGGCGGCCGCCCGCCUGCGAGGGCUACGAGGUGCCCGAGGAAGAGGAGGAGCUGCCCCCACACGCCUUCGCCUUCCCCUAUCAGCCGCCGCUGCAGCCCGAGGAGGCAGCCUCCGACGAGGACCCCAUUGACCCCCACUUCAUGGCCUACCUGGGCUCGCUGCCCCCCGAGGCGCUGGCGCCGGGACUGGAGAGCCCCGACAAGCUGGUGCGCAAGCGCCGCUCGCAGAUGCCGCAGGAGUGCCCCGUGUGCCACAAGGUGAUCCACGGCGCCGGCAAGCUGCCGCGGCACAUGCGCACGCACACCGGCGAGAAGCCCUUCGCCUGCCAGGUCUGCGGCGUGCGCUUCACGCGGAACGACAAGCUGAAGAUCCACAUGCGCAAGCACACGGGCGAGCGGCCCUACUCGUGCCAGCACUGCAGCGCGCGCUUCCUGCACAGCUACGACCUGAAGAACCACAUGCACCUGCACACGGGCGCGCGGCCCUACGAGUGCAACCUGUGCCACAAGGCCUUCGCCAAGGACGACCACCGGCAGCGGCACCUCAAGGGCCAGAACUGCCUGGAGGUGCGGACGCGCCGGCGCCGGCACGCGCUGUGGGCAGGCGCGUUGGGGACAUCGCGGGGACAUGGGGACGUGGGCACGGCCUUGGGGACAGGGGCAGGGGUAUGGGGAUGA